AUGGAAUAUCAAUACCUGGGCAGGAGCGGACUCAAGGUCUCCAAGGUCAUCCUAGGAGCCAUGUCCUACGGCACGCCAGAUUGGCAAGGUUGGGUCCUGAACGAAGAAGAGUCUUUACCUCUGCUGGAACAUGCCUAUAAGGUCGGCAUCAGAACCUGGGACACGGCCGACGUAUACAGCCACGGUCGAUCCGAGCAGAUCAUUGGCAAGGCCAUCAAGAAAUACAACAUCCCCCGAGAACGCCUCGUGAUUCUGAGCAAGUGUUUCUUCGGUGUGACUCCCAAUUCUCCUGAAACACAGAUCAGUGCCAGCACGGUCAACGACGGCGACAUGCUCAACCAGCAGGGCCUCAGCCGCAAACACAUUCUCGACGCCGUGGACAAGAGUGUCGCGCGGCUGGGGACCUACAUCGACGUUCUCCAGAUUCACCGCUUAGACCGGUCGGUGCCGCGGGAAGAGAUCAUGAGAGCGCUCAAUGACGUUGUCGAAUCUGGCAAAGUCCGCUACAUUGGCGCCUCCAGCAUGGCAGCAUGGGAGUUCCAGGAGCUGCAGAACGUCGCCGACAAGCACGGCUGGCACAAGUUCAUCUCGAUGCAGAACUACUACAACCUGCUCUACCGAGAAGAAGAGCACGAAAUGAUUCCCUACUGUAACCACACGGGCGUCGGUCUUGUGCCGUGGUCGCCUGUCGCGCGCGGAGCGUUGGCACGUCCCUUCAACGACCGAGAAUCUCUUCGUGAAAAGACCGACAACUACCUCAAGGCCCAGAUCCGGUCAAGAGAGGACAAAGUGGACGAAGAGAUUAUUGGGCGGGUCGAGCAGGUGGCCAAGAAGAUGGGCAAGACCAUGGCUCAGAUUGCCAUUGCGUGGUGCCUGAGCAAGAAGGAUGUCUGCCCGAUCGUGGGCUUGAACAAGAAGGAGAGGAUGGACGAGGCAAUCGAGGCGUGCAAGAUUAAGCUCAGCGACGAGGAUAUCAAAUACCUCGAGGAGCCGUACAUGCCCAAGAAGAGGCAAACAUAUUGA